AAACCCUCUCUCCGCAUCCCCUCUCCUCCUCGGCGGCGGCGGCAGCGGAUUCCACCACAAGACGAGGAGCUCCCCUCCGGCGAGUGGUGCCACGCUGUGGGUUGUGGAAUAUGGACAGCGGGAGCGACUCCGACAGCGCGCCCGAGGAGCUCACCGCCGUCCAGGGUGUUGAGAAGCACGACGAGAUCAGUAAAGUUGAGAAGGACAGUGCCAUCCGAGUAUCACAGCAGGAGAAAGAGCGGAGGAGAAGAUGGGCCCAACGAAGAACAUCAUCAAAACCAAAUAAUGAGGAACCUCUGGAUUUAAAAGAUAAAGAUACCAAACAGGAGGAGGAGAAUGAAGGUAAUGAGGAGAACGAGGAGCGCCAUACUAUUCCUGGCAUGCUCCCCACUGAUGUUAUUGAAAUGCUUGCAGCACGUGAGAAGCAAACCUUCACAUCUGACUCUGAGGAAGAAAUCACGAACCAGAAGGUUCAGAAAAGGAAGAAGAGAUUGAAAACUUCUGGGCCUGAAACAAUUCUGUUGAAAGAUGUUCGCUCGACACAGCAUGUGAAGAAUGCCCUUGAUUUCUUGGAGAAAAGGAAAAACCAGGUGCCAAGAUCCGAUGCAGUUUUGAAGAAUGCCAAUAAGGCGUUGCGUCUCCUUUCAUCGAAGGGAAAUUUUUUUUAGUUGAAUAUGGUAAUUGCUGAGCAAGGGGUUCUCUCAAUUUGCUGUUUGGUAUGCUUUCAGAGACAUUUAUGUUCCAGCGGGGGUGAUCUUUUUGUGCCUUAUUUGAGAUGAAUUGGUUUACAUUGCACAACUGGGCAUAUUGAUGACA